AUGGCCUCCUCCUCAUCAGUUGGGGACAAUCAACUGCAGAGGAUAAUCAGAGAUCUGCAUGGUAACAAUAAUGUUCAGAUUUACAUUAAACACCACCUCUUACAGUCCCAUACAGUAAACUACUUACUCAGUGUUCCUUACAGAAGGAGAAUACAACACUUCUUUGUGUGUACACGAGAACAUGAUUUGAGUAUUUGUGGUUGUGCUCAUUUGUUCAAUGCUUUAACUGUGUUGUUUAGAUGCUGUGUUAGAGUUGAGUAAAGAACACAAGGAUUGUGGUGAACCUGUGACUGAUGACAGCCCCAACCUUCACAAGUUCUUCUAUAAACUAGAAUACCUGCUGCAGGUACGGUAUCAUUUCAAAAUAAAGUGUAAACUAAGUAGAAUAGAAUUAAUAGUUUAAAUAGUUUCGUUAGUUUGUUUGAAAGUUUGUACAUUAAAGUUAUAUAAAGGUAGGACCACUUUUGAGUGGUCUCAUGACAAGGUGUUGCUAUUAAGCCAAGCUGAGGCAAGUGAGAAGCAGCCAUAUAGGCUAGUAAAAGUGAAUGUCUUUGGUUUAUGUAACCCGAAAGUGAUGCGCUUACGAUUCUUAUUCUGCUUUUCACGUUGUUUUGGGCAAUUUUCCCUAAAAGUAAAUAUGUUAUCUCACUUCUUUUUAUUUGCAAAAGACACGAAAAGGUGCAACACUAAGUUUUUAGUUCAUUUUCAUUUGACUUUAGAGAUUCUCAGGACAUUAUCAUGCACUGUAAUAACGAAUUGAUGUGUCCCUCAGUUUGACCAGAAAGAGAAGACAACCUUUCUUGGUCAGAGAAAAGACUACUGGGAUUACUUCUGUGACUGCCUGAUUAAGAUCAAGGGAGCUAACGAUGGCAUCCGUUUUGUUAAGUCCAUCCCUGAGGUAAUCCUCCCUUGCAACACACACACACACACACCCACACACACACACACACAUACACACACAAACUCGUCACCCCCGGUGCAUGGGUCCUGCCUUGGCGUGCGACACUUGCGGCACACAAAUACACAGUGCCUGUAUAACCAUGUGACUAAUCCUUAGCUCGGCCAGGUACAGUAAGACUCGUGUUGCUAAUUUACUCGGUGCCUCACGCCUGUACCUACUGGACUGCUUUGUUCUGGGAUUUCACUCUGGUGAGCUUCACACUGGAAUACCUGUAGUUACAGGAACCCUUAUGUGUACUGCGUAUUAGUCGUAGUUUGUUUAAUCUUCACGGUGUCUGAUAAUGACGUUGGAUUGUGUUUGCCUUUAAACUAAUGGUUUAUAGAAGUUGUGUUGUUCUCUCUGGCUCGAUAUUGCUAAACUGUCAAUGUAAUUUAUAUUAUUUAAUUCUACAGUGAACAUACUUAGUCAGUCUAAAAGUUUUUUGCGUCCUAUCAACAACCCCAGCUCUAAAGUCAGUUUAUUUUCUUUCAUAUUUGACUAAGAAAAGCUGAAACUCUUGUAUUUUCAUGUUAGAACUUGCUCAUAUCUGGCCUUGUGUUUAGAAAAGUCUUAACAAAUCAAUCAAUGACCUUACAUUUUGCUAAAUUAUUUUUUACCCACUGUGUAAUCACAUAAUUGACGAGUCACUCUCCAAAAGGUAAUCAGGUAUUAGGUAAUCUGAGGUGAUUUUCUCUAGCUGUUCUUACAAAGAGUCUGAAACGCCUUGUUUCCAGUGCUUGCCUUUGCUGUUGGUGAUUUUUUUAUGUGUUUAUACUGAACAAGGAUACACAUCCAGCAUCCUGUUUGAAUACUGAAGGCGUAACGGGGUACAGCACAUGACUGCAACAAAUCCGUCAGGUUAUGUGCUGAUUAUUUCCUCAUUGAUCUGCUUGUUAAAGAGCGUCAGAGCCCAAGAUGGUGUCACAUACUUUGAUUUUCCUAAAACCUGAGAGCAGUGGGUGUUUCAAAUGUCCCUAAUAGUUGCCAAAUCACUCCCAUGCUCUGAUAGGGUGUGCCUUUCCACUCGCUGUGGAAACCCACCCUAUAAGUAAGCAGUUUUUAGUCUGACAAAGUAAGUUACCAAACCAGUCCUGCUUUAUCAGCAGAGCAGGAACAUGCGUGUCAUUCAAUAUUCACUGUUGCUGUUGCAGGACAUCAUGUGACUUCAAGUUACCUGAGCUGGAAUAACAACCUUUUUGUUUUAUUUCAUAUUUUUGUAGCUACUUUACAGCCAUUACAUGUUGAAGAUUACAUGUCGCUACCUUACUUUGAAUAUCACUUUUACUCUUCCCAUACUCGUCUUGUGUUUUCCUGUCAAUCAGUCACUGGCGUAAACGAGCCUCCAGCUGGUGUCCUUAUGGGAGAUCCGUGGGUCUGUUCUCUUACUUAAAUCCGUCCAUCUGUUUACGUACCGGGAAAGUCUGGGCUUACAGACACUGUAGAUUUAGUGUCUAUGCAGUGAUGACCUUUUGAACUGUGACAUCCUUAAACACAUUUUGACAGAUGACUGUUUAAUAGAAGGGGCCAUUUCAGCGCCAGAUCUGAAACGUGUCAAAAAAUAAAGUGAAACUGUCAACAGACAGAAAAAUAGGAACAUUUUCAAGCAAAAUCGCCGCACAUCAUUUUUGCAUGCUGCUUCACAUAUGUGAUAUUUUCCACUUUUUUACAUUUUAUAUCACUGUAACCUGAAGAGCUGCAGAUUUUAGACUUAAAGUCAGAAAAGAAUUACAUUCGUCCACUGUACAAGUGUCUUACAUGCAUAAUAGAGGACUUAAUUGUCAGAUACUAUAGGUGAAAAAUGAAAUAAUCUUCAACUUUUAGGCUGCAGAGUAAAGAAAAAUUCAUAGUGUGAAUAUUUUGAAAGAUUUUAUUUUAAAUAUCAGGUUUUUAAUUUUCACAAAAACACUGUACUUGAUGUGAAGCUGAGUCCGUCAAAAUAUCCUGAAAAUCCUUCAAAAGAAAAUCACAAAAUGUGACAUUAUAGCGACAACAUUAUAGGACGAGCUGACAGUAACAUCUUCUACAGCAGAGGAAUAAGUGCAGGUAAUAUGUGAUACUGAAUCUGGAGGUUAAGUUUGGUGGGUCCGGCUGAUUCUGCACUAAGACUGUGCUUUCAAGGACUGUCGUUGAACCCUCAUAUUUUUUUAUUUUUGCAUCUUUUUUUUUCCUGGAUAACAUUCCCAAAAAUAUUUUAAUCAAGUGUGUGACCUGCGUUAGGUCUUAUAACGAUGAUAACAGGUAUUUUGACGUGCUGCAGCUCAAAUGGGGAUGCUAAAGAAAGCAGGCGCCUCUUUAUGUUUGACCCGUGUGACCAGACUAUAAAAAAGCACUUACUGACUCUGAAGUGGGUCCAUAUCAUAGUGAGGUAAUGUCUGAGUGUGAAAGUGCUUUAAGUGUGUGUAUUUUUGUGUACCCUUAGCUGAAGACAUCGCUGGGAAAAGGAAGGGCCUUCAUCCGCUACUCGCUCGUGCACCAGCGCCUCGCUGACACCCUGCAGCAGUGUCUUAUUAACCACAAAGUCACAAGGUCAGAGGACACACACUGAUAUACAAGAAUACUGUAAAUAUGCAGUGUAACUUGUUGUUCCCGUCUAAAUGGGCAGACAUCACACGUAUCGUGUUUUAAACCAGGAAGUGGGACUCUCCCUUCCUUAUUCGUGUCUCAUUUCUGUUUUCGCAGCAAACACACAAACACGCCCGCAGUCCUGUCUCACAUCCUCAGCCUGUCGUUAAAACAAACAACUCUUGUUUAUCUUUAUGUGUCCUGGACAGUCUUAGUUUGACCCUAAUUGGAGAAAAAUAAGUGUUUGCUUUCUUAUCAGUUUUUAAGAAGCAUAUUUUAUUAUUUUAUUUGUUAAUUGGAUGGCCUUUCUACCUGUCUUAUUUACAUUCCCACUUAUCUGUGUAUUCUCUGCCCAAAGCUGGUGACACUAGAACUGCAGGAAAAGAGGCUGUAGUUGCAUUAAGGAGUAAGACUGUCAUGUAUGUGUCAUCUAGCAAUACACACAUGUUUUGAGCCCAGAGUUCAUGAUCUAGUUUAUUCCUGCUGGAUGUUCAUUCUUAGAGGCAAUAUCCCUGAACUUAAAGAACCAUGCAAGUACAUGGAGCCGCAGAGCUACUACAGGUGCUGCAUUCAUAAAACAGGCCCUGAACAGUUACCUUUUUAAUAACUCUGUUUUAGCUGAAGGCAUCUGUGCUCUUUUUGUUAGUUAAAAGUGAUUUUGUGAAUGCAAGUAUUAUUUAUGAAUUCAAUAAGGAAACCUUUAAGUCAAAUAAAAACACAUUUAUGUGUGUGUUCGUGUCUCUUAUCUUGAUAUCGUGUUGUUUAUGUUCUUUCCAUUCAGUGAUUGGUAUUACGCCAGGAGUCCGUUUCUCAAGUCUCACCUCACCGCUGACAUAAUCAACCACCUUUAUGAGCUCAACCAGAUCCAAUUUGACGUAGCGGCCCGAGGAUACGACCUCGAUGCCGACUGGCCAAGCUUUGCAAGGUAACGCAUGAAUACAGGCGAAGCUUUGUUUAUACUUUGACAACCAAAAGUUUCUUUUUUUUUCUCCUUUCUUUAAAAAUCUUUAAUAACCAGCAGACUUAAAGUAAUCUGAAAUCCCUCGCCAGUUUAGUGCAGCUAAUGUAAAGUUGUGUGGAAGCAAGAGACGGCAUUUCACAACUUUAAGUAACACUUAAUUAUCUCAUCACCCUGCAUGUUCACAGCUCUUUUUUCAGCUUGACUGUGUGCAGAUUCUUGGGUGAAAGACUUGUGGGUACCCACGGCGUGUGAAUGAUGAUCGCACGUCAGCACCUUUGCCACUACUUUUCACUUCCUUGUCAUCAAUUUGCAGUCGCUCCAUAGGCAGCGGACAUGAGUCUUUUAGGCAUAUUUCAUGAUUUUUGCUCUUGUUGAGUAGCACAUUAUUGUAAUUCUUCAUCAGGUGUAAUGGUUUGCAUUGACUUCUACACCUGCACUUCCACCGAGUAUUACCGGGAGGAUCCCCAGAGAAGGAUUCAACAAACACCUGACACAUGUUUGAUAAGCAAACAUGAGGAUGACAUUUUAAUAACAGACACUAUAUCAGGUUAUAAAAGAGCAGAGGUGCAACUACAGUGUAAUCCGGACUGUUGUAUUCAACCAGCAGAGAAAGCAUCAGUUCAUAUCAUUAUCUCGUAAAUACACUUUUAUUGUGAGCUGCUGAUUACACAUCUGUUUUUGACAUAGCAGACCUGCUUUAGAAACAGACACUUUCAAAUCAAAGUUUCAGGAUUGAUGGAUUGCUUUUCAGUUUCUCACGUUUCAAAUUCCCAGAAAUGAGGAGAAAUAAAACUUGUAAAUCAGGUGUAGGUCUUGUAAAACAGACACUAUGUACCAUCUGUUUUCAUCAGUGUUUAUUUGCUCGGAUAAACUUUGUCAUAUCCUACAGAACAAUAAUCACACAAGCCGUCACUAUUACAGUUUUUUUUUUUCAUGAAUUGUGACUCGAUAAAUAAAAGAAUUUUAUAUUGAACUUUUUUUUUUCUAAUGAGAACAUUCUCAGUUUUUUCCAGCAGUUCUUUAAGGAAACUUCCUCUGAUUAUCAACAACAGUUUAUGAAGCUAACCCGUUUCUUUUCUCUUACUCAAAGUUUUUGCAUAAUUUCCUUAAUCUGUAACAGGUUAUUUUUAUUUUUAAUAGGUAGAAAUAAUAUUUAUUUACUUUAACACCUAAAAAAAAAAAACAGUUACAACAGUAGCAACUAGUAACAACAAUAAUAAUCAAGAAAUAAAUAAAUAAAUUAGAUGAAUAAAUCAGUAAAUAUCCAAGUAAAAACAAUGCCAAGAUCAAACAGAAUCAGAUCAUACCAAAACAAUGCAAAAUAAAUGAAAAUAAAAAAAACAUAUAAAGGGAAUAGAGAGGAAAAAAAUAAAGUAAAACAAACAAAAAAGAGUAAAAAAUAAUACAACUUAAAAAAAAAGUAAAAACAAAAUGAUGGGACCUCAAUACUGAUUUUUUCUGCUUAACUUCUUUUCAGUGUCAGGUGGCAUUUUUCAUUUUGUCCUGGUUUAAUCAGAUGUCAAACUUUCUUAAUAAGUGAUUUCUGUUCUCUUUAUAGGCGGACGUUAGGCAGCGCCUCAUCAGCUUUCCUCUGGAAGGCUCCCAGUCGCUGCUCCAGUGUAAACAGUCUCGUUAGCACCUAUUCACACACACAGGUAAAGGACACACUCAUAUUCAUCUUCAAGACAAUUUUUUUUAUUUUUCUUCUUUAUUUUUGUCAAAGUUUUUUAUUUCCAUGUGUAUUUUACAGUUUGUACUUAAAGAGGGUUUAAACACAAACACUCGAUCAAUAAGCUCAGAAAUGAACAAAGAAAUAAAGCAACGAAAAACGUCAUCGCAUGAAAACAAAAGAAAUAUUGAAUAUCUUAAACCACCUGACCAGACUUUUUUUUUUCACAAACCAGGCGCAGGAGUUUCCCACAAUCCCAGACUUGAAUCACAGUCUCCUUGGUGAACUGGGAGAACUGGGGGAACCUUCUCCCUGCAGCAUCGCGGAGAACCUCCGCAUUGAGCUCGACCAGUCUGAGCUCAGACAGCAGGAGCUUCUGGUACGUGUUCAGGAGUUAGAAAAGGAAGCCGAGGAGUUGAAUGGUGUCGUAAACGACCUCCGAGGCCAGCUGGGAGCAGCUCAAAAGUCGUCUGGCCCGUCAGUGACUCCAUCAGCCCAGAUAAACCAAGUAAAUCAUCUGGAGAAAGCCAAUAAUGUUCAAACCUGCAGGGAAGCAGUAAAGAGUGAACUUCAGGACAGGCUCACAGCUGCUGAGAACAAAAACAUGGAGCUGCUCUCCAAGUUAGAUGAAGCUCUGAAAGAAAAGGGACAACAAACAGCCAGCUACUGCGACUCGGCUUGGAAAAUCCAGGAUCUCCUUGAUAAACUCAAAACGGUGGAGGAGGAGAGGUUGGAGGCGAAAAGAGAAGCAGAGGACCGAGAUCCCGGCACUCUGAGCGUUUGUCACAGGAACUCAAACUCAAAGAGGAAGAGUUGAGGGAGUGUGAGGAGAAGCUGGUUGAAGUUAAAGCCGGAGCCAGUGAUGAGCAGGAGAAGGCGCUCAAACGAUUGGAGGACCUCCAAAGCGCGGUGGGUAGAAUUCAGGGGGCGCUGACGCUGAAAGAGAAGGAGACGGGGAACCUAAGAGCCCAGCUUCAGGAUCUGCAAGCUUCGCUGGAGUGCAGAGAGCGGCAGGCCGAGGAGCUGAGGAGACGACUCCACGAGGAGAGGGAGGAGGUGGAACAGAGGUGUAGCGUGAGCAGUUUCCAGAACGAGGAACUCGAGAGCCAGAUACUCGAUGUAAAAAUCACUGUAAAAAGCAGAGAGAAAGAGCUAGCUGCUAGUUCGGAGAGAAUCAAACAUUUAGAGGAACAGUUAGAGAAGCUAAACGUAGAAAAAGAAAGCCUGAGCUCUAGACUCUCUGAUAAUGACGAGUCCGCUUGUGAUCAAACUGACAACCUUGAGGACUUCAAAACCCAGUGCAGCGACCUCAAAGAAGCAAACGCCACACUGCUCCAAACUGUGAAGAAGAGCGAGAGCAGCAUCGCAGAGCUGACCGAGAGCAGAGCGGCUUUGUUAGACCAGCUAGCCUCUUUGAGAGCGUCGGAGAAACACUUAAAGGGAAGAGUCGAAGCCGCAAAGAUGUGUGUGGAAGAUCGAGAGAAGAAGCUCCUGGAUGAAAACCUGCAUUUGGAGGAGAUCGUCCAGAAAGUGCUCACCCAGAAGGACGUAUCUGACGCUCAUUUGAAGAAGCUGGAGCAGGAGAACAAGGAGCUGUUUCAGCUGCAGUCCACGCUGAAGACGCAGUUAGCCACAACUCAACAGGAACUGGACUCCAUCACCGCCAAAGCUGCACAGUCAGACAAAAACCUCACCGUGUCCCAAAGAAGCCAAGGAGAGUUACUCGAGAAACUCCAGGAAACUGAGGCCAAACUUCGAGAGCAGAAUGUUCGAUGUGAACUUCUGCAAGCGAGAGCGGUGGAGCUGGAGAGCAGGUCAAGCGAGCUUCACGAUGAGAAAGGCGCCGCAGAGAGCAACGAAAAGACGCAGAAGCAUCACGACGAGCACCAAACGUCUUCGCUGGAAACCAAAGAUGCUCCGUUCAGGCUGGUCAUCGCUGAGGCUCAGCUGGAGCUCAACUUAAGAGAAGUCCAGCGGCUCAGAGAGGAGGUGGUGGAGCUCAGGGCUCAGCUUCUCGCAGGAACCGAAGAGCGGCUGAAAGUUCAGGCCCUGCAGGAGGUGACCGAGUCCUCCAGAGAGGACCUCCGCGUCUUAUCAGAACAACUUAAAGCCCAGGUGGAGGAGCUGAACCGCAAACACGUGGAUGAGAUUCUUCGAUCCAGGGAGCGUGAGGAGGCUCUGAUACGGGAGCGUGACGGCGAGGCUCAGGCCCGAGCACGUCUGGCUGCAGAGGUGACGGCCUCCAGGGAUGAGCUCAACAAAGUGAAGAUGCGUUACGACGCCAUGUGUCUGGAGAACAGCGAAUUAAGAGAGGCGCUCCACAGAGCAAACACCGAAACAGCUGAACUCGGCGUGCACGUGUGCAUGCUGACAGCCGAGAACGAAGAGGCUCGUCUGCGCUGGGAGGGUUUGUCCGCGAAGCUCCAGGAGCUGGAGGAGGAGGCAGCUAAAGAGGAAGAGCGGCAGAGCACCUGCACGGACCAGCUACGUCAGGAGAACCAGCAACUCCACGAUCAGCUCCACGGCGAGAAGGUUUUGUCUGCAACCCAGCAGGAGCUGCGGCAAGAGCUGAGCAAGGCCCAGCAAGAAGCCGAAGCCGCGCAGACAACCAACCAGGAGGAGAUUCAGGCUCUCCGCUUCCAGAUCAGCAGCCAAGCCUUGAGCCACAGCAACCAGCUCCAGGUCAGCCACAAACAGUUCACCCCAAUAAAUACACGAAGCUAAAUUCUCACAUAUCAGCUAAAAAAAACAUAGUUUGAUUCCCUUUAUUCAGAUUGAAAGAGAAAGUAACAUUAGGCAGCCAGUAAACGUCUCAAUAAGCAUUUCGAUGGAGCAAAAUCAGGACAAAUUUGUGCUAGUGCAGCGAAUCUGUGGGCAGAAUUCAAGUAGCUGACAAGAAAAUUACAGCGAAGUCACUACAGAGCAGCAGGAAGCUGUGCAGGAUUCCUCCCAGCACCUCGUAGGCUUCUGUGCAUAAACAAGUACCACUUGCUUUAGACCCGCUCUGAUGAAAAUCGCAUUUUUCUUGUUUUUUUUAUAUGUUCAUAUGUCAUUUUUCUGAUGCAACAGGACGUAUCAUGAGAAAACUAAGAGGAAAAAUAGCUUCUCUGAGUAUUUCUGCUUUCAAAUCUCUGGCAGACCCAAACGGCAGGUUCAGAUUCAGUGAGAUUUCAUACGUACAGAUCCAAGCUCCGCCCCCAAAGCCUCGCCAUACAGGCCACACUUGGAGAAAUAAGAGAGAACAAUCACGGAACAAGUGUUAGCGGAUUGAAAUGCUCGUAAGAAAGCUAAUUAUGAUAUUAGCUUUCAUCGUGUCCCUAAAGACAUUAGUGUCCGAGAGCUGAAUAGCUUCUAUGUCACCUCUUUCUUCUACUACACCAGCAAUGUUAGCGUGAAGAGAAGUGUGCAGAGCAGCGCUGUUUCCGCCCACGACUCAGAGGCGAAUAGCUAAUGGACUACUGGAGCUCUGCAGAGGAAAAGCCCUUGAAUAUGAAACAGGCGCGAUUUCGGCUAAAAACUUUAUAACCACGAUUUAAAGACCACUGAGAACACUUUAAGUAGAAAAAUCUGUGUUUUAUCAUCGACGGUGUGUCAUCUGUGGAUUUAUUUGAGUUUGUCUUCUUUCCCAGACUGUAAAUCAAGAGUUACAGGAAGUGAAAUCACAGCUUACGACUGAGCAGGAGAAAGCGGUCGGCCUGGAGAGCAAACUCGAAAAGCUCGAGGUGAGAGGAUGAGCCGGAUAAAGAUCUGUCAACAUGUUUUUACAGCAUUUUUAAGCAAAGUCUUCUAACCUCUGUUUACUCACUGAAGCAUGUCAUGAAGUGUUCCUAUAGUAACACGACAUAUGAAGGAUUUAAUGUAGAACACGACCUGCGAUGUGACGCUUCAGAAAUGAGUUUGUGCUCCGUACGCAUUUGCGUGUCUCUGUUUUGAUAAAUGAAAGCGCAAACUUCACUCGCAUUGUACUCCUCGGCAGUUGAAGUAAUCAUAACAUUAUGGUCGCAGGCGUAAUUCACAAAGAAGCAGAAAUAAUGUGUUGCUGUGCUGUACUGAUUGCAGGCUGAGAAUCAGAGAUAUUGCCAACAGAUUGAGGAGAAAAACAUCCAGAUGGCCAAGUCUGAAAAUCUCAUCCAGCAGAAAGGAGACGAGAUAAUCCAUCUGAAAGAGAAUUUAUCAAGGUGAGAGACUUUAUUCAUGAGCUCUGUGAAAAAAAUGCUUUUUUUAAAAUCUUGUUUGUUCGGAUUAAAACGCAGAUAUUUUCAUGUAGUUUGUCUUUUCUGGGAUUUUUCUCUCCUUGUUCUUCCCGCUCCAAAUUCACACCUAAAACUCCGUUAUAAAACAAAAUCAGUCUCACUUUGUUUCUAAUCAGUGUGUUUUUUUAUGUUCGCAGGUCUGAAGACCGUCUCGCAGCAGCUCAGAAAGCCUGUCAGGAGAUGUGCGAGAAUCUACGGAGAGUCACGCAGGACAAACAGAGCGUUGAUCUGAGGACAGCCGCUGAACUCGAUGAUCUUUACCGCACCAAAAUCAACCUGGAGGAGAGGCUUGUAGAGCUCAUCAGGUACAAUCCACUCAAAUCUGCUCUGAAUGUUGUUUUAGUGUCAUGUUUUUUGAAUUUAAAGAAGGACAUGUCGAAAUAAAAUAUGUAAAGAUCUCUGCUUUGAUGUUUUUGCGCUUUUAUCACAUUUGCCUGCUGGCGCUCUCUGCAGGGAGAAAGACGCGCUGUGGCAGAGGACAGACGCCCUGGAGUUUGAGCAGAAAUUACGGGAUGAGGAGACGGAGAGGGACGUCAACUACUGUAUGGGCUGUCACAGUCAGUUCAGCUGGUGGCUGCGCAAGUACAGCUGCAGGUCAGUCAUCAGUCAUCGGUCAUGUGCGUGUACACACAUGUGCAUCUACUACUGAAGCCUGAUCAAGAAAGAUUCAUGAAUAUUUCUAAAGUAAAUAAACAACAUCAUCUUGAGCUUUACUGCCACUGAAGCAACAUCUUCCUCCGUGAGUCUUUGAGAGUCAAAUGUCAGACUGACUGCGUCACUGCCAGCCAGUGACAUCUGGUUUGUUUGUUUCACUUCACGUUUCGACUGUAACCAGAAAGUGAAGUCGAAUCAGUUCUACGAAAUAGUAACUCAGCACUCAUGUGGUUUGCACCUAAAUAUCCAGAGACGACAUUUCCUCCUUUUUUAAUGUCAAUAAGUAUUUGAGGUAUUUGGGGAUUCGUCCGCUGAGCAUUUAAAUAAACAUCUACAAAGUAAAAUAGGUCAAUUAUAAAAAUGACGCUCCUGGACAUUGUGAUCAUUUUCAAACUUUUAUGUUUAGAUUAUUUUCAGUGAGAAAUGAAGAAUGUGAUAAAAUGAGCUGUUGUUCCGAGAAUAUAGCUGUUUUUCUAUCAUUUUCACCCUCCAAGAUUAAUGGUUUUAUCCCUCUUUGACUUCAGUCGUACACGUGUUUCGAUGUUUCUGUUUCCAUAGUUGGAGACUUAUUCUCCUUCAGAUCAACUUAAGGGUCUCAAAACAGGAACUGCUCUGAAAACUGGAGAUAAAUAGCACUUUUAAUGAAGUGACCUUGAAAAUACUUCCUGCAAGUUCUCAGAAAAAAAGUUGCCAUGUAUUAAAUAAAUGACUUAUUCAUUUUUUGUCACUUUUCUAUCUGAAAAACCACAAGAAAAGAUUCUGAGAUGUCCUCAGUGAAAGUUAAUUCACAUGAUAAAUGUGUUCUCUACACUAUAGUGACCUGCAUUGCAUUUCAUAAGCGCUCAUUACUCACCCUAUCUGUCUCUAUCACUUUGCGUCUAUUUCCAGACUGUGUGGGCGUCCCUUCUGCUACUACUGCUGCAGCAACACAGUGAGCACCCAGCAGGGCGGCAACAGAGAGCGCUGCUGCGGUGACUGCUACAACCAGCACAGCGCAGUGGUUGAGCGCCACCCACAGGAGGAAUUCACCACCAGCACACCCGGGACACCCUUCCGGCGUUUGCUGCAGGCUGGCAGAGCUGUGACUAGUUUGUCAGGUACAGAAACACGGAGUCUCUCACGCUGAGUUUUAAAAGAGCAUUCACAGAGCAGUGAGUGUACAGUGUGACAUUCAUGUAUUAACCUGUAAUCAAUGUGUUUAUGUUACAGGAGCAGAUGAAGGUGACAAGCAGGAGGAUGGCAUGUUUGACAUCAUCACAGACGAGGAAGUAAGCGGGGUCUACGACAGUGAACUCUCUUUCACCACUGCGUGCUCUCCGGGACACGGACAGCAGGGGGCAGCACAGCUGUAAGUAUCUGACAAGUAUUCACUCUGAGAGGAGAUGAUGAGGCUGUGGCUCAGGGAGUCACUCAUUCAGACAAACCACAACAAAAGGCAUGAAUUUAAAACCACAGGAAAAAAAAACAAACACAGUUUCUACACAUUUCUGUCUUCAGAAAAGCCUGGAGACAGAGUUUAAUCUGUCAAAUUAUAACAGUCAGAAAAACAGCAAAUAUGAAGUGUGGAUGUUUACACUUAAACAGAGAAUGAAAGUCAGGGUUAUUCUCUAUAAAAUGAUUCGAAUUGUGUAUCGUUGUAGUCAUCUGUCACUUUUUUCCAGACCGAACAGUGCCAGUGCAGGAGACAUCACGUCAGAGGAAACCGAAAACGUCAGCACUGCGGUGCAGGACGCAGAGAUCUGCCUGCUGAAGUCUGGAGAGCUCACGUGAGUUUGACAUACAGUGAGGUUUUAACAAAAUAUGAAAAAGUCUGACCCGAACUUUAGUGUCACUGUAAGUAAAGAACUAUAUUCAGAAAAGCUUCAGAGUUGACAUGCCUGUUUGUUUAAGCGCUAUGAUUAAGGUGACCAGACGGACAGUCCCCGAAUUGGAUGACCUGUCCCCGGCAAAAGCUGUCCCCGAAAAUGUCCCCCAUUUAAGCUUUUCAUGAAUGAGAACAAAAAUGUUUUGUCUGCUACUAAAUAGUAUAGAAAUAAUGACUGUGAUCACGCAGCCCAUGCAUCCCCCCCGCCGCCACACCGAAUAUCCCCUGGAUUUCGUUACAGAAAUCUGGUCACCUUAGCUAUAAUAGGGGUAACAUAUACAGUGCCCAGCAUAAGUCAGUACACCCCUAUUAAAAGUAAUGUAUUACUAUUAAUAUCUAGAUCAAUAUCAAGUACAGUUUCCAAAGUUUUGACAAAGCUGAGUUUAACAUCACAUUUAAUUUACCAUAAGGUGAAAGUAAGAGUGAUAAGGUAACUAAAAUUUAGCUUUGCUCCGAGAACUUUGAUUUGGGUUUACUCAUUUCUGCAUCCUGAUUUUAAAUGCAACUUAAAAAAAUCUUGUUUGCAAUCAAUGACGUUCAUUUGGGGGAGUAUUUUGUUGUAUAGUCUGACAGAAAAUGUUGAUUUUGAAAGGAAACUAAAGGACAACUCUGAAGGGGUUUACUCAUUAAGGCCGAGCACUGUAUGUGUUUCUUUGCCUGCAGAAAACUAAAACUGGCAAACCCCAUAACAGCAACGUUUACAUGUGCAUGUAUCGUGUAUUUUUCUGCUACAAACUUUUCUCCAAAAUGAGAAGUGAAACUGGAAAAUCUUUUGGCUGGAGGGUAUUCUAAAACGUUGCUUGUGUUGCAAGAUCUCCGUGUUGCUUGUGUUGUAAUUUGAGGCAGGGUUGUUAUGGGGAACGUUUGAAGAGCUGAUGUCAGCAGGUGCCGGCAACUGCAAGUGUAUUCGCUUUGUUCAGGGCACAAAACUAGAGAAAAGUCUGAACUUUGAACCAGUUUUAGAAGUUUGUUAGAUAAGAGUUUAAAAAAAAAGUUUUACAAUGUCUGUCAGACAGUCAAAGACGUUCUGUUUACGUCAAAGGAGAAAAUGCGAUUGUCCAUACUUAAAAAGUAGAUCCUUUGAUAAACAAGUCAAAGGAGAGAUUAGAAUCGAAAUCAAUGUAGCCUGUUGUUUUUCAUGGGCCGGCAUCUACGUCAGCGGACAGCGGCAGUGCUGGAAGAACAACAGACAUCAGAGAAAUUCAUUUGGAGGUUUUUUUAUUCUGUAAACCAAAUGUAGAAGAUAGAGAUCAUGUAAAAUAUGAGGAAACAAAGAAGUACAGCCACUGAUAACAUCUGAGAAGCAGCUGGCAUCAGUUUGACGUUUCUGUUUUAAAAAUAUCACAUAAGUAGACCAUCAAUCUUCUGCGAUUGACUCAUGAAUUAUUGUCAGUCUUCUCUAAUGCCUGAAAAUAUUGUCAUCUCUCCUGAAUCUAUCCUGUUCUUUCUUCUUCUUCGUCGUGCUGCAGGCUUUCCUUCCCCUUCACCGUGGAUGACAUCUCAGGGUUUGGAGACGACUCCCGAGAGCUUUUCAUCAAGUCGAGCUGCUACAGCACCCUCCCCAUCACCAUGAGCAGCCCGGGUCCGACUGUCAGCUGGACGUUCACCUCUGAACCCAAGAGCAUCUCCUUCAGCGUGGUCUACAGGGAGAGCACACAGACCCCGCUGGAGCAGGCCAAGGUGAGACAGCGCGUAUAAAUCAUGGAUUAAAAAAAAACAUGCACUUACAACACAGAACACCUUCUUUAAAAGAUUCUGGUUCAAUAAACAGACCAAGGAUGCAGAACAUGUUUCUCAAACGAGAUCCCCGUCCUUUUCCCUCCUCAGGUUUUGAUCCCACUGACUCGCUGUAACUCCCACAAAGAGACGAUCCAGGGAGAGAUGAAAGUCAGAAAACCCGGAGAAUACAUCCUCAUCUUUGACAACUCCUUCUCCAGGUCAGUCACUCUCUGACAUCUGUGAGGAUUAGGUUUCAAUAAGGUCUUUUCUAUUUGUACAAAACUAGACAGGAAGGAUGAGAGUCCCUAUUUUUUCCCCCCUUUUUUUUUGAUCAGGUUCAUCUCCAAGAAAGUGCUGUAUCAUCUGAGUCUAGACAAGCCCGUGGUGUACGACGGAACCGACCUCCUCUGA